ACCUCUGUUGCUAAGGUUACCGGAGCAAUCUAUAAUAGGAAAUGAAGUGGAGUGUUGCAUUUUCAAAACUCAUAACUCGUCUGAGCCACAGAGCCAGUGACCAGUGCUUGUUUGUUUUGUAGUUAGUUGCGAUGUCCAUCGACCUCAAACUCUCGCGCUUCAAUCGUAUUUAUCGCCCUUCGGAAGCACUGGAAGGCAAAAUCAUCAUCAAAACGCAGUCUUCAAUUUCCCACUAUGGAAUUCGCCUUACUUUCAAAGGAUCCGUCAACAUGCAGGUUCGUGGAGGAUCAGCUGGUGUUGUUGAGUCACUCUAUGGAGUUAUUAAGCCAAUUCCUAUUUUGAAUAGGACCACCGAGGUUAAACCUUCUGGAAAGAUUGCUUCGGGCACAACAGAGAUACCAUUUUCGGUGACCCUUAGACAGCAAGGUGAAAAUUUGGAAAAGUUUUAUGAGACUUUCCAUGGGGCAAAUAUAAGUAUCCAGUAUUUGGUGACUGUAGAUGUGACUCGCGGAUACUUACAUAAAUCUUUAUCAACAACAAUGGAGUUCAUUGUUGAAAGUGAUAAAGCUGAUCUUCUACAACGGCCAAUUCCUCCAGAAAUGGUCAUCUUCUACAUAACCCAGGACACUCAACGACACUCUCUACUUCCUGAAUUAAAAUCUGGUGGAUUUCGGGUGAUGGGGAAGAUCUCUUCUCAGUGUUCUUUGGCUGGUCCUAUUAGUGGUGAGUUAAUUGUAGAAACAUCUGCAGUUCCGAUUCACUCAAUCGACAUUCAAUUGUUUCGUGUUGAGUCCAUUCUUCUUGGGGAGAAAAUUGCAAUUGAAACAUCUUUGAUACAAACGACCCAGGCAACAGAUGGAAAUGUAUGCCAUAAUUUGACUAUACCUAUCUAUGUAAUACUUCCGCGGCUUCUGACGUGUCCAACAACUUUUGCUGGUCCUUUCUCAAUUGAGUUCAAAGUUGCCAUUGUCAUAAGUUUUCAGUCAGAGCUAUCUCAACUGCAUAAGAAGACUGACUCCAGAACUCCAGAACUUUGGCUAGCAAUGGAAACAUUGCCGCUCGAGUUGGUUUGGACAAAGUAAGGUUGUGUAUAAGAAUGCACCAAGCUAUAGCAGGCAGGAAGUGGAUAUAUUGUUUGAUAUAACAUUUGAAUUGGUUUCAAGUGAAUUGGCUUUCUAUUUCAUGUAAUGUAACUUCCCAAGAUUUGGAACAGUGAUACUUGCACUGGAAAAGUCUCAUGUAGACUUUACAGGUGUUGAUUACAACCAUAUGUAUAUGAAUUUUUUCCCCCUCGUGGUGUCUCUAUCUACA